AUGUCUUCAUCUCGAUUGCCGACAAGAGGAUCAGUCUUGGCUCGGGCUGUCAAAUGCUAUCUAUCCUGCAAUGUUCAUCAAAUCGCCGCAAACACAAAUGCCCUGGGUGCCCUGAAGCACUCGUUCCAGCCAAUCAAACGUGCGAGAGUCACUGGCAUUGACGGUGCUCGUCGAGCAUAUGCCACAUCUUCUGGUCAAAGGCACGAUGUCCAAAGAUAUCGCAAAGAUGUGGAUGAGCGUGGUCGCCUUGGCUACUAUGUUCUCAGCAAGCAGCAGGGAGCUUUGCACAUGGAAUCAGCCAAAGCCAACGCUAUCGUCAAAGAAUUUCUUGCGAAGCAGAAGACAAUGGAUCAUCGCAGCAACAUACAGCAUUUGGCAACUAAGUAUCGUGUCAGCAUUGAGGACCUGGCUUCGCUUGCCAUCGUCACAUUCAAGGUACCAGAUAUAUCAGACAAGAAAAGGAGAGCGGAGAUACCACCAAGUCAAAAUGCGCCCUUGGGCGGCUGCAUGCUCCAAGGCUGUGCUCAAGCCGAAGAACCUCUCGCUAUCAUGCAAGUCCUCACUGCUGUAUAUCUUGCUGGCUCAACCGAUGGAGCGCCAUAUAGGACCCUUGCUUCCCUCUUUCCUCAAGCUGAAGUAGCCAAGUAUCGGAAGAUCUUAGAGACGCUUUGUACCAAGGCCAAAACUUUUCCCUUGGGUCCCGAAGUAUUGACUCUGCAGGGCUUGUUUCUAGAGAGAGAAGGUCGAACAGACCGAGCCAAGGAACUCUACACCGAGGCCGUACAGCGAUGUCAUUUCAAGUUUACCCCAGGUUCGAGGCACCCACUGCAACUCCCACUCGUAACUCCCUGGAACGCCCUUGGGUAUCUGUUGAAAACAGAAAAGACUCCAGAUGCACAAAUGCAAGCCAGGGAAUGUUUUAAGAAAGGAGCUGUGGAAGGAGACGAUCCACUCUCAUGCUACGAGUUGGCAACUCUCUUGGACAAAGCAGAUCCAGAUUGGCUGUUGUACACUAGUAAAGCUGCUGCCUCAGGACAUCGUCAAGCAACAGUCGACCUCGCCGAUUUCUAUCACGAAGCGAGCUCGAAAGACUCGCCGCUUUUGGAGAAUAGCCUCAUGCGAAAAGCCCUGAAUUGGCUGCUAGAAUGGAAACGCGGCGAUCCGGCUAUCCUGGCUCGCGAAUGGCUUCAGGCCGCUUCAAGUAUGGACCACAAGCCCUCUGCACUGCAACUGGCCGAUUAUCACGAGUCUAUUGGGGACAAAGAGGGGACUAAAGAUUACUUGCGAAAGGUCGCUGAAUUGCCGAGCUCGCCAGGGCAGACGGAGGAGUGGCCGCAACUUGUUCAAGCCGCGAAAAGACGUCUUGCGGGUAUCACCACCUGA